AUGGCCGACGUGCCUGCGACUGCUGAAGAUGCUAUGGUUGCUGCCGUGGAAGGAGAUGAGAUGCUGCCAGUCUGUGAGAAGUGCAAGACUCCAAUGGAGCUGAGUGACAUGGCAGCCAAGAAGACAGUGCACUCGAGGCAAGCUUUUUGCAAGAGCUGCCAUAGCUUGACGAACUUGCUGGUGAAGCAUGUGGACACAAAGGAGCUCUUUUCCUCAAUGACGCCAUCGGAGAUCACAGAGUUCUACCAGGAACGCCUUGGCAUCCAGGAGCCCCAUGCAGUUUUUGGCACCGUGUACAGGGUCGAUUUGCAACCCACGCAGCUGGUUUGCAUCAUGGUGAAGUCAGAGAUGUGGAGGUACGUGCGCCCCAGCGGCGAAGCCAUCGCCAUCCACCGGCGGCGCCGGACGCUGCCGGCGCGCUCCAACACCAAGGAUGAAGGUGAUGUGGAUGACGACGAUCUCUUCUUCGAAGUCAUGACUGAGUUUGUGAACGAGAACCUGCAAGCCGCUGAAGAUCUGAGUGAAAGAGCCUUCAACUUGAUCUUGUUGUACAAGGAGCUGGCCAUCUAUUUCGAUGACCUGCGAAGUGUUUAUCCUCCUCCCAAGAAUGAGAACGACACACGGAAAGACUUGGUGGAGGUCUUCCAGCGUUUCGCCGCGCAAAUUCAACUCCACCGGGAACAGGUUGAGAGCGAAAAGCUGCGCGAAUUCUUGGAGGCAGGUGGCACUUUAUCCACAGCGACCCCUCCGGGCACCCCGCGGAACACGCCACGUUAUGGGACGCCACGGAGAAACGUCAGGUGAGGCAAGGGAAUGCUGGAGAUCUUCAACAUGAAACUGGAGAUACUAUGAGAUACUAAUGUUGUAAAGAUG